GAAGAUGCCGGGGAGAAGCAGGUGGAUGCAGAUGCGCAAGCGCCAGGUGGAAACAGGACCACCCUGCUGGUCAAUAUGCGGCAGAUGCCUGCCGACGAUUUCUACGAGGCCACGCUGUCAGUGGCAAGUAAGCAGACUAAUGUUCUAGACAUCCUCACGCAGCUGCCGCUCUUUGGAAAACGGUUUCGCGCUGGACCACAGUCCCGAGUCUGGCGGUUCAUCCAGCAACUGCCCUUCAUGGCGACCCUGCUUGGGGCUUUGCGAGCUGGAAUGGCAACAGCGGCUGCGCCAUUAGCAACCUCCGUUCAAAAUGCACUGGCAUCCUUGAACGACAGAGCUAAGGCAGAGUGUUUGGCCCAGUUGGUCAAUGAGAUCAAGAAGAAAGGCAACAACACCGCCAUCAUCAUCGACGAAGCGAACCUGGCACUCCCCAAUGACGGCAACGAUGCCAAAGCAGAGACAGCCAGGACUGCUUUGGCUCAGAUCACCGGCGAAACCAAGGAGGCCUUCACAGCCUCGGUCAUCCUCAUCAGCUCCGAGCACGGCUACCCCUACAAGUUGGCCAAUGCCGGUCUCAACCUGGUGGACAUCAAGAACAUUAUCAUUGCUCCGGAAGUGCCGCCGAACGACAUGUUGCAGAUGCUCACCGACCACUGGGGCAUGGGGGCGAGACUGGCGCGCCUCUUC